AUGUUGCAAAGGAUUCGUGGCACAGACAAUGUUGAGGAGGAGUUCCAAGAGCUCAUUGAUGCGACUAAAGCAGCCAAAGAUGUGGACCACCCAUGGAAGAACAUUACACAACCCAAAUAUAGACCUCAACUCACUUUUUGCUCUCUGAUUCCAUUCUUCCAACAAUUCACUGGUAUUAAUGUCAUCAUGUUUUAUGCACCCGUCCUCUUCAAGACUUUAGGCUUUGGUAACGAUACUUCCCUUAUGUCUUCGGUUAUCACUGGAGGUGUUAAUGUGGUUGCCACUUUUGUUUCCAUUUUCUGUGUGGACAAGUUUGGAAGAAGGAUGUUGUUCCUCGAAGGUGGCAUUCAAAUGCUUAUUUGCCAGCUUGCUGUUGGAACCAUGAUUGCUAUGAAGUUUGGAGUGAGCGGUGAAGGCUCGUUUACCAAUGGAGAAGCUAGUCUCCUCUUAUUCUUCAUAUGUGCAUAUGUUGCAGCAUAUGCAUGGUCUUGGGGUCCACUAGGGUGGUUGGUUCCUAGUGAAAUAUGCUCUCUUGAGUUUGGCAUUUUCUUCUUCUUUGCUGGAUUUGUGCUCAUCAUGACCAUUUUUGUUGCCUUGUUCCUACCCGAGACAAGGAAUGUUCGAAUUGAAGAGAUGAAUAAAUACUCGAAGGGCAGCCUUCAACUGACUACCAUACUCUCAUUAGAUUGGGCAUACGCAUGA